GGACGAAGUUUGUGUCUGUUGCGUCACUCCACUCGCACGCGGUGAUGCGAUCUAUUAUUUACCUUGAGACGGAGGGCAUAGGAUGAAUAUCAUGAGAUGAAUGCACAUUGCAACAAAUAGGCACAAUCGAAUGUAGCGGGUACGACCGAAGGAGGUGCCGAAGACAAGGGGUGUGACUAGAGGAAAAAAGUUGCCCGGUAGGAAAGAGUUUGGAGAGGUGUAUGUUUCUGGCAGGAUUAGGUGACACACCGACUCGCAUGUGGAUGACAGUGCGUGCCCUGUGAAACACCCGGAAGGGAAUAGCGGAAAGGGUUUCUUUUGUGUGAAUUCCACCAAUAAACCCUGGCAAACUUUUACCUGAACUUGUUUUGUGUAAGAGUUUUCAUUGAAGAAAGUACUGUAACAUUAAGAAUCAUGAGGGACAGACUUGAACACCUUCAGGCGGUAUCAGAAUCCGAUGGGACUGUAGUGGAACAUGAACAAUCCCAGGCUCUCCGUUUCUCAGAUGGAGACCACGAUGACCCUCCUCAGGACCCCUGCAGCACCAACCCUGAUAUGGAGUCUGUCUUUGAUGAGGCACAGGAAGCUCGACGUGAGAUUCAAUUGAUCCGUUUGGAAGUGAAGAAUCUCAGAGAGCAAAACUUGCGCAUCUUUACGGAGGCGAUGUGCACCGGUACCCCAAAUAACAGUGACUCUAAUGCUAUUGCUGCUGAUAUUAAAACCCGUGGACAGGAAAUGCUCGCGCACCUUCGCAAGAUGUAUUCCCAUGCAAAAGAGUUAGAAGAGAAGUAUGGUGUCAAUUCACCUGUGGCAAGAAUAGCUCGAGCCCAGUAUACAAGCAUAAGCACCGGCUUCCGUGAUGCCAUGGUGGAGUACAACGAGGCAGAGAUGAGCCAUAGAGAAUCCUGCAAAGCAUACAUUCAACGACAAAUGGAGAUUGUGGGACGAGAAGUCACAGGUGACCAAAUCGAAGAGAUGCUGGAGGUCGGCCAGUGGAACAUCUUUAGUGAGAACUUGGUUUCAGAAGGUAAAACUGCACGGUCGGCACUCAUUCAGAUUGAGAGCAGACAUACAGAGCUGCUACAGCUGGAGAGACGCAUUCAGAGCCUUCAUGAAGUUUUUAUGGAUGUGGCUAUGCUAGCAGAAGAACACCGGUCAAUGGUAGACUGCAUUCACACCCAUGUGCAAUCAACUGAGGUGGAGGUCAGGAAUGUCCUUGUGAAGCUCGAGAGAGCCAAGAGACAUGAUAGGAGCAAUCCCUUUAAGAAAAUGUUCUUCUGGAAGCGGUGACAUUGCCACGGAUGUUCAAAGGAACUGUACCAAAUGUGAUAAAUUGCUAUUCUCUGAACUUUUAUUUUGUAUACUUGGUUUAAUAUAGACCUGUUCCUAAUUUUUUGUUUAAACCACAAGACUUUAAUGUGAUUCACACAGUUCUUAAAAAGAAAAAAAUACCUUUGUGUCUGUGGCAAAGAGAAAUAUUGAAAAGAGAUUGUAAUGUAAUAAAACAUGAAACGAGGAUUGUGUUCAAAAGACAACUUUGUGUUAAAGUGCAGUAUUAAAUAAAUGACUGUAAAGUAAA